UAAAAAUCAUAAAAAUGGUUAUUUUCAUAUUUUUUUUCUGAAUGGAUCUGUUUCACAUUAUUUUCUCAUUCUGGAUCAUUUUAAAACAUUUCUUCAAUUAAUAAUGGAUUAAUUUUUGUAGAAUUUAGGCUUGUAAAUUUUAGUCUAUAGCUUAAAAAAUUGUUUUGUUGUACUACUUUGCAAAAACAAAACAAAACAUGAAUGCAUAAAGAGCUAUGAGUUUCUAUGAGACCUACCUUACGUACCGUCUUUAUGGUCUAAUUGGUAGUAGUAAAAGAAAAAUAAUGUAGAAAUCCCUAUGACUCCUUACCAGUCACAUCUCUAAUCUUGUUUUUUUGUUUUGGAACAAAUUAAUCCAUAACAACAUUUAGACCCAAAAAUAAUAACAAUCCCUAACUGGUUCUGUAUAGAGAAUCGUCAAGGAAUUUGCCUAUAUAUACAGACAUACAUACCACUUUCUUCUCACUCCAAUACAAACUACAGACCAACAAAUUAUUAUUUUUUAAAACCACUUGCUUGAAAAUGGGUUCAAUGAUGUCAAUUGAAGACACCGUAAAAGAACAUGCACACAGACGCUACAACGCCCACUUCAUGGUUGUUGAUGGAGUGUCUAAGAUGAUGUCUCAAAGAGGUGGAGGUUAUCAGUCAUCGGAUUUCCAUGCUUAUGGUUUCAGAUGUUUCAAACUCUCCGUAGGCUGUCCCACUGGAGAUCCUUGUCUGAGCAAAACGUUUGAUCUGUGUAUUAACGUACACGAGGCGUUUCCGAAGCAAGACAGCUUCAUCUCAUACGAGGAUUUGAAGAAGUAUCUUGUGAACGAUAAAGUGGUUUUCUGUGCCGAGUUUAACCAUGUCAUACCAAAAUUCCUCAAUGUCAACAGUUUCUCUCGAUUCACGUCCGGCACAGCGGAACGCAUUAAACUGAUGGAUGUGCCUGGGAGCAACUCUAGAUUCACAUGGAAGAUCACUAAGUUUUCCACCUUCAAUGAUGAACAUCAUUCCUCGUUCGAGUUCACAUUUGGACCACGGAGAUGGUACCUAACGAUGUACCCAAAAGGAUCCUUAGGGGCGGAAGGAAAAUAUUUGUCUUUGUUUUUACAGGCGGCCGAUAAUGUUCCUGAGGAAGCAACACCUGUCGCCUAUAAACUGAGAGUGUUGGACCAACUCAAUCGCAACCACUAUGAAGAGAUCGCUAGCAGUCGGUUAUCCUUAGAUGACGGCGGCUGGGGCCUUAGGAAGUUUUUGCCGCUGGAGGAACUCCACAAGGCUUCAAACGGAUUUCUGGUGAACGAUGAGAUAUAUCUCGGUGUUGAGUUCUUAUGUUUCUACACACCUGAGAAUCUCUGAUGCGCAUUAAUGGAUUCGAUCAAGACCACAAUAAUAAAUACCUCAUGAGGAACUUAUCUGCCUAUUAUUUCAUAUUUUGCGUAUUGUGAUGUGUGCUUAUAUAUAUCAUGCAAGUUAUGUAAAAUAAAAAAGCGACGGAUCAAAUCGGUUGAUUGUAUUGUUGGCCCUGCAUGAUAACAUUCAACCGAAUCCGUUGCCAUGUAUUCUCUUAUGGAGAAAACUGCUUGUGUACGUCUGUACGUACCUUUCUUGUUUGUAAUGGCAUCGAUGUCUAUUUAUGUGCGUCUGUAUAUGUGUGACUACUCUCAUAGUCACGUACAUACCAUUUUAAAACUAAUAUAUGCUCCCCACUUCUUUAAAAGAGGUUCAGUGUAACACGUAUGUUUAGCUAAACUGGGAUUGUUAAUCAUUUUCUUGAAUAUUGAUUGGUUUAUGUUUUAAUUUCUUUUUCUUUCAAAAUUUCCUUUUGUAUGUUUUAAAAAUAAUUUCCUUCUUUUAAAGAUAACAAUUCCUUUUUGAU